UUGCUAAUCAAGUCUAGUACUGAUCUCUGCGAUGAUACUACUAUUACUAAUACUAAUCCGACUACUUCUACCCCUAUCCCUACUACUACUACUAGUAGUAGCCCUAUAUUGGGAUCACUAUACAAUAUAUCACGUGGUGAUGGAUUUCCCGUAUCAUUGAUAACCAACAGCACUGAUAACAAACAUUUUUGCAGCGGUACUAUAAUAAGUCCCCAUUGGAUACUAACAGCAGCCAAUUGUGUAUAUAAUCGUACAGUUUCUAGUUUUAUCAUUAAUCUUUUCGGAAACCAUUAUCCGGUCAACCAAACCGUUAUACACGACCAAUACUCGGCCGCAACUCACGAAAACAAUAUAGCAUUGGUUAGGGUUGACGGAUAUAUUGUGGACAACAAAAUGAACGAAAUAAUAGCAAUUACUGAUCAAACACCUGCUAACUGGUCACCAGCUUAUCUACACGGCUGGGGAAAAGAUAAAUACGGUUUGAUGAUGAAGGAAUAUAACGCCCGGAUAAUCGAUUUGCAACAGUGCACUGGUAUGAUGUUGUCGUCAAUAACGGCCAACAAUACCGACAACAACAACACAAAUGCAACAACAAAUACACCGAUCAUUAAUAGUAACAAAGUUUGUUUGGUAACCGCUAAGGGAGAGGGUGUCUGUAAUGAUGAUGUAGGUGGUGCAGUGACAAUAGAUGAACCAAACCAAAGAGUUAGUCGUCCAAGUGGUCGAUUAAAUGGUCUCAAAGAAAAAAUACUGAUCGGUAUAAUAUCGGUAGACAUGGCCUGCGGUAUCGAUGGCCGACCCCAAGUUGUUACCCGUAUUUAUCCAUAUAUUCAAUGGAUUAACAAUAAAACAAAUAUUCAUGCGAUUGGCAAUACUAAAAAUAAUAACAAUACUAAUACUAAUCGACCAGAGAUUUGUUCAACUAUUUUACCCCGAUUUAUGUCCAGUUCCGGAUAUCAGGCAGCAUUGAAAACGGAAUUUAAUAAACAGUUAUGUGGGGGUACUAUAAUAAGUCCCCAUUGGAUACUAACAGCAGCCAGUUGUGUAUAUAAUCGACCAGUUUCUAGACUUUACGUUAGUGUUGGUAAACAAAAUUUUGUAUAUAAUGAAAGCUAUUACGGUGUCGACCAAAUCAUUAUCAACGACCAGUACUCGCCAGUGACUAAACAACAUAACAUAGCACUGGUACGGGUCCAGCACUACAUAAUUGACCAUUCACACGUACGUAUAGUUCAAUUGGCCGAUCAAUCAGUUAUCGAGGACGGGACGAAAGUCCAGAUGACUAAAUGGGAAAAUAAUUGGGAUCAUACAUAUCAAAUGCGGACACUUGGUUGGCAACAGUGUAAGUCUAUAAUGACUAACAAUACCAUCACCACAAACAACACAAACAUAGAUAGUAGUAAUGUUUGUUUAGUGGAUUAUUCUACGUAUAGCACCUGUAAUGGUGAUGAAGGAGGACCAGUGACUAUAGAUAGACCACAACAACUGCCCGGAUAUUGUGUCGAUAGUGAAGGAGAAAGUAAAGAACGACUACUAAUAGGUAUCCAAACCGAUGACCUGUACUGCAAAUCUGGUCGACCCGAAGUUAUGCUCAGUAUUAACCCAUAUCUACAAUGGAUUAAACAGAAAACCAAUAUAAGUGCUGUUAGUAGUAGUAGUGGUAGU